UCGUUGAUCGCCUGACCACUGCCCGCCAUACCUGCAAGCCGAUACGCAGAACCUACUAUCUAGUCGCUUUUUUGAUGCCGUUUGCCGCCCGAGUCGUGUCUCACAAUGAACCCAAAGCGCCCAUGGCGCAUUUGGGCUCAACACUGCACUCCUUCGCAAUGAUACACGCCGGCGUGCUCAUCGCAGUGGUCAGUGUGCUGAAUUUUUCGCAGGCAUUCGCCACCGCACUAGCACUGGGCUUUCCCCUCGCCCUUUCCUCCAUAUUCGGGCCAGGCAAGCGCCGGUGGUCCCUCCUGCGACUCCUCAUGAUCCUUGUCGCUGUGGUCCUUGUCACCGAGGCGCUUUUGUGGCGAAUUCCGCAUAUCGUCGACGACGCGUUGGUCUUCCUGCAGAAUGUCCUCGACGAGCUUCUGUGGGACUGGCAGGUCUUGCGUUCUUCGACCGUUCCAUACUUCAUGCUUGGCGUUCUACCCAUUAUUCUCGAGGCCAGUAGCGCCGUGCUACUCGAUAUGCAUAAUUGAGCACAAGCACGAACUAUUCAAUCUCACAAUAUCUCAAUGGUUUUUUUAUGCCUUUUCCUUUUUUUUGUCUCGGGGGUGCCAAAACAUGCGAUGGUUUAAAAUGGGGGUCUGUGUUCUGACGGUGUAUGUGAGAGUACCGAGUAUGGAUGUUAUGUCUCAAGUCGCGCACAGGGAGGGGAAAGGGCGGCCUCCAGAAGCCCAGUUGCGUUUAUGAUGAGACGCUCUCUGAAUACCGCUUGGGCCCAGCCCCGAUCAGGUCCUAUUUAAAGGAGGUCCGUUCCCCACUUCAUCGCCCUCGUUUCUCUUUUGCUUCCACUCCUC